AUGCGAGGAGCUACUAUCCUCAAGGCAUCCGACGACAAGACAAGGUCUCUGAACAAACAUACACUAGUUGCCUUCUCCGGUGAAGCUGGCGAUACAAUUCAGUUCUCCGAGUACAUCCAGGCUAAUGCCCAACUCUACUCGAUGCGGAAUGAGACCGACUUAUCGCCUACAGCAUUGGCGCAUUACGUCCGUGGUGAGCUUGCGUCAAGCUUGAGAUCACAAAAGCCGUACAACGUCAACCUCCUGCUAGGUGGCGUCGACCCCAUCACCCACAAGCCAAGUUUGUUCUGGCUGGACUACCUAGCAGCCCUAGCAGCCGUCCCCUACGCCGCCCACGGCUACGCGCAAUAUUACUGUCUAUCUAUCCUCGACAAGCACCACCACCCGGACAUGACGCUUGUUCAAGGUCUCAAGGUGUUAGAGAUGUGCACGGAUGAGCUGAAGCGACGUUUACCUAUCGAUUUCAAGGGUAUGACGGUCAAGGCGGUCACUAAGGAUGGCAUUCGCGAGAUCGAAUUCAAGGACGACAAGAUUGUCAGGAGUGCGUAA